GCUGGGAUUACCGGCAUGAGCCACCAUGCCCAGCCAGGACAGUUUUGAGCAGAAGAGUGACAGGAUUUGACUUACGUCUUAGAAAGAUCACUUUGGCCACUGAGUUGAAAGCAAACUAUCAAAAGGCAGUGGCUGAGAGAGAGAGACCAGUUGAGAGGGUAUUGAAAGAAUUUAGAUUAGAGAUGAUAGCAGGUUGACUCAAGGUGGAGAUGGAGGCAGUGGGAAAAUUCUGGAUACAUUUUGAAGAGAGAGCCAACAGGAUUUGCUGACGGGUUAGACUGGGAAGUAAUAGAAGCAGCAAGAUUAAGGAUGAACCCAGGUGUUUGGCCUGAGCAACUGGAAGGAUGGGAUUUCCUAUGAGAGGAGUGGGUUUAAGGGGAACAUUGGGGGUUUCCUUUUAGAUUUGCUAAGUGGAGAUGCUGGAUCAGCAGAUGGAUAUAUAGGUCUGGAAUUCAAGGGGGAAGACCAGCCUGGAGAUGCAGAUUUGGGAGUCACUAAUGUAGAAACCGUGUUUAUAUAUUUGAGAUUGGGUGGAGUCACCUGAGCCAGAAGUGAAUAGAGAUGAAGUAGAGAAGUCUGAGCAUGAGCUGGGCAGAGUCUUCCAGAAUUCUCUGACACAGAGGAUUGCACUCCCCUCAGUGGCCAGAGAUGACGCAGGAGACCAUGAGGUAUGAAGAAUGAAGUCAAGUAACAGAAAAAGAAAAAAAGACGUAGGUGAAUUUUCCUUUUAUGUUUAAUGACUAAAAAAAAAAAAAAAAAGAAAUUGCAUAAUGCACAUCUAGGAGGUGGGAAAUAGCUUCAUCAUAUAAUAAUGGUGGGGGGGGUGUGUGUGUUUGUGUGUGUGUAAGGAAGGAAGGGUAAUUGAAGGGACUAGAAAUGAACUCCUUUGUCUUGCUAAGAGAAAUAUAACAUUACAGCCUAACAUGGUUAGAGACCCUGAAGAUGAAAAGUGUGGUGUAUAAGUGCUGAGUGUUGUUAUUCUCCCAUAGGACCUAAAUCGGACUCAUUAUGCUUAUGCAGCAAUAGGAAAUUAGGACAUUUCCAUGCUCUAGAAUUCCUAUGAAAAUGAUUAAAAGUGAAGUCCAUCCCCAGAGAGUAUUGACUGUUUAAUACACGGAACAAGGGACAAGCUACAAUCUUAAGAUCUUGGAUCCCAGCUCAACAGGAGUCACAGAACAGGGCAUGGUGGGGUCAGCCUUAGCUCCGCAAAGCGGGCUGUUUAAUCUGAUUAAAUUCUGUAUCUGGAAAUCAUGUUACCCGAUGCCACCCAUCACUUGGGCAAGAAGGUGCGGAGAGAGAGGCACUUUGCCUUCUUACACUGUCUUGUGCCUAUCAGCCGCUAGCCAGCAUCGCUGCUCCGUGGGGAAGGUAUGAGUGGUGCUGGAUGGAAAAUAAAAGAUGCCAAGUUGAACAAACUUGCAACAGCUGCACAUUCACAUUUCCGGUUAUGCUAACAUGUUGCUUCUCUGGUAUUUGUGUAAAACAAUCCUUCCCUCCCCCGCGAAGUGUGGAGAAAAAGAAUAUUCUGAAACCUAAACUUGGUUUUAUCCAGGUUUUGAAAAUGUCCCCAUGUUUGCUUAAUCCUAGCAGAUGAGGCUGCUUUUGAUCUUUUCAUUUUUUUUUUUUUUUAUCAGCAUGACUGAAAGGAAACACCCAUUGACAAUGAUAUUGGAGAUGACAGCCUCUUUCUUCCACCACCGCAAUGACUGAAAACCCUAAGGCUUAUGUUAGAAGGAUUCUUUUUGUCCUCCCAUUUCGGUGCACUACAAAUAAUAUCUCAAUGCAUAAUGCAGUUGGUGGGGCCAUGACAGGGCCCGGAACUCACCAGCUUAGCAGUGCUCGGCUGCCCAACCACGACACCAGCGUUGUGAUUCAGCAAGCCAUGCCGUCACCCCAGUCCAGCUCCGUCAUCACCCAGGCACCUUCCACCAACCGCCAGAUUGGGCCUGUCCCAGGCUCUCUAUCUUCUCUGCUACAUCUCCACAACAGACAGAGACAGCCCAUGCCAGCCUCCAUGCCUGGGACCCUGCCCAACCCCACAAUGCCAGGAUCUUCCGCCGUCUUGAUGCCAAUGGAGAGACAAAUGUCAGUGAACUCCAGCAUCAUGGGGAUGCAAGGUCCAAAUCUCAGCAACCCCUGUGCUUCUCCCCAGGUCCAGCCAAUGCAUUCAGAAGCCAAAAUGAGGUUGAAGGCUGCACUGACUCACCACCCUGCUGCCAUGUCAAAUGGGAACAUGAACACCAUGGGACACAUGAUGGAGAUGAUGGGCUCCCGGCAGGACCAGACGCCACACCAUCACAUGCACUCGCACCCACAUCAGCACCAGACACUGCCACCCCACCACCCUUACCCACACCAGCACCAGCACCCAGCGCACCAUCCUCACCCUCAACCCCAUCACCAGCAGAACCAUCCACAUCACCACUCCCAUUCCCACCUUCAUGCACACCCAGCACAUCACCAGACCUCGCCACAUCCGCCCCUGCACACCGGCAACCAAGCACAGGUUUCACCAGCAACACAACAGAUGCAGCCAACCCAGACAAUACAGCCACCCCAGCCCACAGGGGGGCGCCGGCGAAGGGUGGUGGACGAGGAUCCGGACGAGAGGCGGCGGAAAUUUCUGGAACGGAACCGGGCAGCUGCCACCCGCUGCAGACAGAAGAGGAAGGUCUGGGUGAUGUCAUUGGAAAAGAAAGCAGAAGAACUCACCCAGACAAACAUGCAGCUUCAGAAUGAAGUGUCUAUGUUGAAAAAUGAGGUGGCCCAGCUGAAACAGUUGUUGUUAACACAUAAAGACUGCCCAAUAACAGCCAUGCAGAAAGAAUCACAAGGAUAUCUAAGUCCGGAGAGUAGCCCUCCUGCUAGUCCUGUCCCAGCUUGCUCCCAGCAACAAGUCAUCCAGCAUAAUACCAUCACUACUUCCUCAUCAGUCAGCGAGGUGGUAGGAAGCUCCACCCUCAGCCAGCUCACCACUCACAGAACAGACCUGAAUCCAAUUCUUUAAAAUGCACCAUCAGACCUGGCCUCCAAGAAGAGCUGUAGCGUACCAUGCGUCCUUUCUUUUAAGGGCAUUUUUAGAAUUAACUCAGACCUGGAAGACUCCUCAGUUCUUCAAAGACUGGCUUUCAUUUUUAUAGUUAUUAUGGAAAUGUUGUCUUUUAUACUUAGUUAUAUAAGAAAAAAGGGAGUUAUGCAAUUAAUAUCUAUCAGCUUGGGAAACGCUUUGGUGCUUUUCUCCAAUUUUCUGGUACCAGUUACUUGUUUAUAAACUGAACCUUUUCUGUAUAUAGCCAUGGUUUCAUUCUUAUCAGUCCAACCCUUUGCCUGAAACACUGAAUCUUGUUAAACCACAGCUUUUAGCCAAAAUGAGGCAUACCUAGAUGUCAAGUAAGACAGAUCCAAGGUAACUGGGUAGAAAAUCUUUUGACAUCUUAACUCAUGUUGAGUUUGUGCUGUGGUGUCACCAGAAUCCCAGAUAAACACACAGCCUUUCCCAUAACUUUUUGUUUCUUACUAUAAAAUAUUAUAAGAUUCAUUGAUGUCCAAAUAACACCACCGAGCGUCUCUUCACUUCUCCUUCUCCUCUUGGUCCACUUGCUAAUGCCCAGUUUUCUUCUCCAUUUCCACUUUUUCUUGGGCUCCCUGUUUACUCUUCAUUUUGACUUCCUUCUGUUUUAUUUUUUUUCCCUUUAGCAUUGCAUGUGAAGAAGAAAAUAAUGUUUAAAGGAAAAAAAAAAAAAGCAAACCUCCAAAACGUGGACCUAACCAUUGCUUCACUUACACGUCACCCACAGCUGGAGUUCAUUCAACUCUUGCUUUUCACAAAAUAGUAACCAGGAGACGUUUAAUGUGCCUGAUUUAAUGUUUUUAAUAAUCAGAGCAAAUGAAAGGUGGUUUAGCUAUAAGUGAAGCACGGUUGAAUACCAGCUGGGGAGACACUAGGGAAGGGAGCUUUGUAAGCCUUGAUUGUGAAAGUCCAAAUUUUGAUGUGGGGCUAUAACAUGACACCCUUGGAUUGCAACUGGUUUUAUAUGACCUGUCUAUAACAUUGAAAAUCCAUGUACUAUAUAAUAAUUCAGAAGGGCUCUAUUCACUACACGGAUUACAUUGUUCAAUCAUCAGCUGCUAAUAGCCUAAGAUUUAUUAUUUUUUUUCCUUAAGCCUAUGGAACCGGCUUUGCUGUUCUGGGGGGUGAAAAUAGACUAACUACUGGAGAAACAAAGAGAGAAAGAAAACCCAGUGUUUCCGUAGGGGCACUUUUAGCCUUCCCACGACAGUUCAGCACUCUUUGACUGCUGAAGGAACCCCAUGGAUGAGGCGCAGGCUACUUCACUCUUUUUUUUCUUUUUUUUGAGACAGAGUCUCACCUAUUGCCCAGGCUGAAGUGCAGUGGUGCACUUCACAGAUCACUGCAGAUCACAGAUCACAGAACACUGCAGCAUCAACCCCCGAGUUCAAGCGAUCCUUCCACCUCCGCCUCCCGGGUAGCUGGGACCACAGGUUCACACAACCAUGCCUGGCUACUUUAUUUUUACUUUUAUUUUAAAAUAAAAGAUAAGGUCUCUCUUACGUUGCCCAGGCUAGUCUCAAACGAUCCUACUUCUUCGUCCCAAAGUGUUGGGAUUGUAGGCGUGAGCCACUGCACCCAGCCUACUUCCCUCUUCUGAAUUAUUCUGAUUUAUUUUCAACAACUUUUGUGAACUUGCGCAUGAUACAAAGCAGAUAGUCCCUGAACCACAGUCGUGCCUCCUUGAAACAAGCCAUUCUACUGUGCUAAUGUUUUAAUAUCGCAUCUCACAAAUAACAGGGGUGAAUGUUUCUCUCUAGCAAUCUAGGCAGGUGCUGGUGUUUCAUCUCCAUUUGAAUGCUUGACCCCUUAACGUGUGUAUGUGUGUGUGUAUGUGUGUGUGUGUUCAUGGGUUUUAAAAGAACAGUAUUUUACAAAAGGUGUAGCUUUUAUAAGAGUUCAGAAAAGGGAAGGAUGUGUUUUUUUCUCUCACUAUAGUAUAAGAAUCUAUUUUGGAGAAAAAAAGAAAAUAUGAGGGUCUCGAAGCAUGAUUUUUAUAUAACUAGUUUCAGUUUUAUCUAAUAACUUACUUUUUAAAUCCAUAUUUAUCAACAAUCUUUCCAUGUAUGCAGUGCUUUCAAAAGAUGGUUUUGAGUGUCCAGUGAAACUUAUGACUUGGGUAUAUGGUUGAAGAAUCAAAACAAAAGCAAAAAAAAAAAAAAAAAACCAAAAAAAGAAAAGAGAAAAAAAGAAAAAAUGCAAAUGAAAUAAUUUUCUAUUAUAUUUUAGACAAACAUAUCAUUUUCAAGUAUUUUAAAUACUGAAUUCAUAGUUGUUGUUUUUUAAAUUCCAACAGUAACAGCUGAAUGGUUUAAUCUGACUGGCUUCCUAAGAAAUGUUUAAGACUCAGCUUUAAAAAGAAGUUAACAUUCAUAUCUCUGUUUUGAAAUCAAAAAUAAUAUUUCAAAAUUCUUUCCUAGGACUAUCUGUCUCCCCUCCCCCCACAAAAGGAAAAAGAGUGCAUUAAAAUGUUUAGUUGGGUUUUUUAAUUUUUAAUUUUUAUUUUAUGUUUUGCUUUGUUUUAAGUAAAAUUUUUUCUUUACUGCAUGCAUAGCACUUAAUAAAAUGGAUUUUUUAAAAAUCCACUAGUAAUAUCAGAAUGUCCAGGGAGUGAUUGUCGUUACAAUGAUGGUUUAGUUUACUUCUGUUCCACCUUUUGAUUGAAAUAUUUAGUUGUUAGGCUGAAAGCCUCUGCAGUUAAGAACUUGCCUGAGUUUUCUUCGUUCAGCAACUUGACAGUUUGACUGAUGUGCAUUAUAUAUAGCUCAAUUAUGUCUGUUUUUUAUGCUAAGUAGGAAAACCAACCACACACAUUAGCAAACCGGCCUCAACAUAUAAUUAGAAUAAACUGUCUUCUUGUUCUACUCAGGGCCUUUAGGUGUGUUCAUUCAUGGUAUGGAAAUACAGUAAAUGAAAGAUUCCAACUAGUUGUCAGUGCUUCUUGAAAAUUCCAAACAGAAAGAUACAUUGGUCAGAUCCAACACAUGGCUUAUCAAUAUUAAGUCUUUUACCUAAAGGCCCAGCAGUCACCAGACAACAGAAUAAUCAAUCUGCCUGAAAAAUCCCUCCUCCUUGUCUUACACUUUUUGCCUGUUUGGGAGAAUAUCUUUGUACUCCAUUCUCCUCCCUCAACCAGUUAUUGUGUCACCCAUCCAUGUGUUCAUUAAUCAAUUAUCAUGGCCUUCAGAGCACCUGUCCUAAGGAGGGAAAAUCCUGCCACACUGCCUCUCCCCAUUCAUGUGUGGUUUUCUUGAUGGGCGAGAUCUGUCUCUGAAGUCACUGCCAGCCUCCCUGGGAACGUCUAUAGUACCUCCCCUGCCUUAUGUGCUGGGAGUUAACAACUCAGAUAAGUACACCUGAGAGCAUUUCUACCAGGUAAACUCUCACCUAAAUGGAGGUGUCCACAUCUUAAUUGUUUCUCCUUGACAUAUUUCUCAAUCCACGAUGCCAGGAGAAGUAGAGCGAAAAUCCCAGCCAUGGAUGAAUGUACUGAUUUGAAAGCCAAGUGUGAAGUUGGAUGUUUUCCCGUCACACUACUACUCAGCCCUCUCCUGCUCCCACAUCAAUGGAUGCAAGUCACAAUCUUAACACAGCCUGUGGGAGACAAGCAGUUUGUGUGCUCUCACAGUAUAUAGUAUAGUAAUUAGGGUGACUUAGAGCAAAUACUCUUCAGAUCCUAUGUAGUCAGUGAAACAGGGAGAGUGUAUUCUGAUAGAGGGAUGUCGAUGGUGAAUGUUCUGGUGGUUGUUGCCUGUUAAGUAAACUUUAGUGUGUAAGUCGAGUUUGUCAUUAAAAUCAUAAACCAGCUACGGUAACAGACAAGCCUUUGGCUGGGGAGUUUUAAGCCUCAGUAACUGCUAUAAAACUAGCCAUCCAGUUAGGAUAGAAUGUGUUUCUUUCUGGUUAAAAAAAGAAAAAACCAUCUAAGAAAAUAUAUAUGUAUGUGUGUGUGUAUACAGUGGAAUUCAAGGACCAAAGCAAAAUUUGAACAGGAAUCUAUUAAUUUAGAAUUUUAUAAGAUAUUUAUUAAUAAAUGUUAUUUUUAAACAUUCCAUUUGAACAGUAUUCUGUAGGAUCUACUUGUUUUUAAAGUGUUAGUCCAUAAUAAACUACUAUAGUUGUGUGUAUUUUCAUUUUUCAGGGUUUCAAAUGGCUAUUCUCCAUCAUUUGGUGGAAAUGUUUGCUUAGGUCUCUGUGCAUAGACAUUUCAAGGAUUUUUAUUGCUCUGUGAGUUAUUUUUUAAUCAACACUCUGAACAAUUUUAUUAAAACAUUUAUUUCUUUUUUCAUUUUUAAAGUAAGCUCUUUCAUUUAGGAAGCAGAGUUCAGCUAAAGGGAAUCAGUAACUAUAACUGGAACAGCUUUCUUGUAGAAGUGUAAAAACAACUUCAUCUCUGCCUCUCUCCAUCCCACCCCAAUUUCCUAGAAAGCCUUGCACUAUUCAGCUCCCUUAGUGCUUUUUGUCCCUUCCCGAACAAUAUGCAGUAGCUUUAAGCCAUUCAAGCUCCAUUAUGCAGUAUAUCUGAGAAGGGAAAGGAAACAACCCAUUUAAAUUUGAAUAAAACCGUGCCUAUGCGAACAGCAAUUUAGAAUCUCUUUUCUGCUUUUAAAAUAAUUUAUAUUUUAAAAUUGCACUUUAGCUUUUUGAUCCCUUUGUAUUUCUCUUACUCUCUUUCUAACCUCUUCUCUGUCCUCAAACUUGCCUUUGCUCUCCUUUACAAUGCCCCCUACCCCUCCUCCAAGGCUCUGAGCGGCAUCAUUUAAAAUACUUUACAGAUAUCUGCACCAGGUACAUUUAUGUGCAUCCAUUGGUAGCACAGCUGAGACCUGUGUCUCAUAUCAGCCUAGGUGAAGCAUACUACAAGAAUGCCAAGGAGAAGAGCCAGUACACUAUAUGGUUUAUACUCUUUAUCCCUUUAUUCAUAGCAUGUUUUUUAAAAAAUGUUAUAUUAUGCAACAGAUGUGAGGCAGCAGCUAAGCUAGACUUAAGAAUUUUCUCUCAUCUUCCAAACCAAAGUGUCCUGAAUAAGCCAGGAGACUUAUUCUUUUGUGCGCCCUGGUGCACAUCUGACUGUUGUCCUAGCCAUAGACUCUCUGAGGCCACUGAAAGAACAGUGGCCCUAUCGAUUUCAUUCCUAGGUCUCAAAAAUACAAUGUUGCCUUGUAACAUAAUUAGGGACAGCACCUCUAAUUCACAAUUAUAAUCUAAGGUAGGAUAAGACGACACAGCAGCAAUAAACUUACAAGUAAAAUUCAAUACCAAAACAAACACAAAGAAAUUUAAAAAACAAAAAACCUAGCUCGUCAUGUUGUGAAAAUGAAAAAGUGUAUGUCCAUUCAAAAUAUUUUACUAUUUCUUGUGGAGUUUUUCAGUGCUGUAAUGCUUGUAGCCAAAUUGCUUAAAGAGUGUUUAUAUAUUUUUUUCCUUAUAAAUUGUCUAUUUUUUAAAAAAAAAGCUAUUUAACCACAGCUGAAGUGGGGGGUAAGGCCAAAUUGCCAACAUUUGUUAAAAGAUUAAUACUCUUAAGUGACACUCUGAUACCUUUCCAACUUGUCAUCAGAAAGGAAUCAAUAAUUACCAACUGUUGUAUUUAGACCAACUUACAAUAUCUAGCUCAUUAGAAGCCAGGAUCUAGAAAGCUCCUUCUAAGCCAUUUAAGAUAUUCUUACAUUGAGCUUCAUAUUAUAGAACUUUAUAGGAUUGGAUUUUUUACAAUAGAAUAAUUUAGCCUCAGGACUGAGAAUGUGGAAGCUGAAUAAAUUAGCUUUAAAUACAUCAUUAAAAUCUUAUGCACAAUAAGCUCAUUAGAUUCUAGUUUUCUCCUUUAGAAUACCAAUGCCACAGACACUGCAGGAGAUAAUGAAAGGUAUCAGUUGUGCUGAAUGGAGUGGGUUUAAGAGAAAGGACCCUUCCCAACCAGCAGCCAGUAAAAAAUACAACCUACUCACUUUUUUCCCUUCUAAGUUCUGCUAAAUCACAUCUGCCUCAUAGAGAAAGGAAUGUUGCCUUUGAGAACUGUCUUGGAGAAAAGAUAAGCUUGAAAUGUUCUCUCUAAAGAGGACAUAGGGUUUGGGAUCCUCUGAAAAGGCCCAGAAAAAUAGCUCAGUUCUAACACAAUGUUCUAGGACAAUUGGAAUAUAAAUAUUGUCCAAAAAUAUAAUUAAAAGAAAAAAGUUUAGCACUGUGUAAAGUAAGUGUUAACAGAGGAAGUCCCAAAAAGGUGCUGUCACUUUAAGUUCUGGACUUGGGGUUGUUUGUAUUUGUAAACAGCAAAGCAUUUGUGUUUGUUUGUCUAUUUGUAAAGCAACCACCUUCCUUAUUGGAAGGAGAAAAAAAAGGGGUACAUACAUGUAAAUACUUGCUGCAGCAUUUAAUAUGUUUAAUUUUGUGUUAAGCUUUUUGUUGCAUCGUGAACACAUUUAUUGUUACCAAUGGACAAUGAGUUCAUUAAGACUGUUCAACUAGGUCAGAUUUUUACAUCUCUUUCUAGCAAGAAGAGACAAGAUUUUGUGCAUUUGUACAAAUGUUAAUAUCACUGCAAUUCCAAUAUAAUAAAGCACUCAAAUGCAAAUAA